AUGAACCUAAUUAUCGCCCAAAUUAUCCACAUCGACGAAAAUCCGUGGGAAUCAGUGGAGCGGCGCAGCCUCCAGAGCACCAAAGAGGCAACGACAGCUGGUAAAGAGGAACAAGCGGCUUUGCUCGAGCAAUUAGAGGAAAAGGAAGUGGUUGCCGCUCUGUACCCGGCAGAAAGACACGUAAAGCGGCAAUCAUCGUAUCCCCAUUAUACCACAGUACUAAAUCUCCAAGGCAUAGAAUUUCUCAUGACAUUGAAGCAAGUCAACAAGUUUGAAGAGCUCAACAAUGUCUUAAUCAACAUAUACUAUAUGAAUGAAUGUGGGAAACAAAAAAAUGAAAAAGAAAGAUCAUUAAGUAUCGUUUCACUGCGUCUCACCGAUGAUAGGAAGACCCGGCACAUCAAUCUACUGUACGUACCACAAGAUAAUGGCUUGGGCCACUUCACGUGGAUCAAGAACCUGUCUCGGCUAGUUGGCAUCCAACUUAGCAGCAAUAAACGAAAAAAAUAUAUUUGCGAUCGGUGUCUGCACUACUUCUCCUCCAACGGGAGAUUGAAGGCUCACUCCGUAGAUUACACAAAACUAAACGAUUGUGCCAUCGUUUUACCGAACGAGGACAACAAGUGGCUGCGUUUCGACAACCACAGCAGGAAGAAGCGGAUGCCGUUUGUCGUAUACGCCGACUUGGAGUGUGCAUUGGAGAAAAGAGAAGCGGAAAAAUCCGGCACAUACCCAUAUCACCAUCACAAGGCAUAUAGUGCUGCGUACUACGUGCGGUGUUCAUACGACAACUCAUUAUCCGCGUAUCGAUAUUAUCGCGGCACCGACUGUAUAUCGUGGUUUGUCGAAGAACUGAAAGCUCUAGCAUUUCGCGUAAAAGCAUUUCUAACCGCUAAUGUGCCCAUGGAAAAUCUAACGAGAGAACAGGAAGUAACAUACCAUAGGGCGACACACUGUCAUAUCUGCGAAAAGCCAUUCACGCAAGACGAGACGCGAGUACGCGAUCAUUGGCAUCUGACCGGUCGGUACAGAGGUCCUGCGCAUUCAAAUUGUAAUCUAAAUUAUAAAGAGUCCUAUACUAUUCCGAUAGUAUUUCACAAUUUAUCCGGCUACGAUUCACAUUUUAUAAUCAAAGAAUUGGCUAAUAAUUUCAAGGGCACAAUUGAUCUACUACCGAUUACAAAAAAAAAUAGUCUGGAUAAAUUGGCAUCGUUUCUCAGCAAAGACAAACUCAAAAUUUCAGAAUUCUCUAAUUUAUCAAUCGAGGAUUUCGACCUAUUGACACGAAAAGGCGUCUUCCCGUACGUGUACGUGGACUGCGAAAAGUUGCAAGAUACCCGCUUACCACCGCGAGAAUCAUUCUACAGUUCCUUAACGGGUGACACGAUAUCCGAGAGCGCUUACGCGCACGCCGAGGACAUCUGGCAGCGGUUCGCCAUUCAAACGUUAGACGAAUACAGUGACUUGUAUUUGAAAACCGAUGUGUUAUUAUUGGCCGACAUUUUUGAAAAUUUUCGCGAUAGUUGCAUCACGAGUUAUGGUCUCGGUGCGGCAUAUUACUAUACGCUACCGGGCUUCACGUGGGACGCGAUGCUCAAGCAUACGCGUAUAAAUUUCGAACUGCUCACCGAUAUCGAUAUGGUUAUGUUCAUAGAACGCGGCAUACGCGGCGGCCUGAGUCAGUGUUCAAACAGGUACGCCCGUGCCAACAAUAAAUACAUGGAGUCGUACGAUUCAUCGAAACCAUCGUCGUACUUGACUUACUUUGACGUUAAUAAUUUAUACGGUUGGGCAAUGUCUCAACCUCUGCCCUAUGCAGAUUUUCAAUGGGUCGACGACGUCUCGGACUUCGACGUGAACGCUAUCGCUCCUGAUUCGUCCACCGGUUACAUUCUGGAGGUCGAUCUCGAAUAUCCACAGCAUCUGCACGAUGCGCACAUUGACCUACCAUUCUGUCCGACGCGUGAUAAGCCGCCGGGCAAGCGGCAGAACAAGUUAUUCGCAACGUUAUAUGAUAAGGGACGUUACGUGAUACACUACCACAACCUGCAACAGUGUACGCGUCACGGCGUGCGGAUAACAAAAAUUCAUCGCGUAUUACAAUUCGCGCAAUCCGCAUGGCUUCGUAGGUACAUUGAACUCAAUACACAAUUUCGAAUGCGCGCGACCAACGAUUUCGAAAAAAAUUUGUACAAAUUGAUGAACAAUGCGGUAUUUGGAAAAACUAUGGAAAAUGUACGCAAUCAUAUGGAUGUAAAGCUUGUAAUGAAAUGGAACGGAAAGUACAGUGCGGAGGCACUGAUCACUAAACCAAAUUUCCAUAGCCGGAGCGUCUUUUCAGAAAACCUGGUCGCGAUUGAACUGCGCAAAUUCGAGGUGAAAUUCAACAAACCAAUCUACGUGGGUAUGUGCAUACUCGACAUAUCCAAGACGUGUUUGUACGAAUUUCAUCACAAGUAUAUGGUACCUCUUUAUCGCGACAAAUGCAGGAUCAUGUACACGGAUACGGAUAGUUUAAUUUACCAUAUCGAGUGCGACGACGUGUACGAGAAAAUGAAACAUAAUGUUGCGAGAUUCAAUACGGGCGAUUACGAGGUCGAUAAUGCGUAUGGAAUGCCACUCGCAAAUAAAAAGGUACCCGGUUUGAUGAAGGACGAAAACAACGGCGCGAUAAUGACAGAGUUCGUCGGGCUUAGAGUGAAGAUGUACGCUGAGAGUGGUCGAGCCGAAAACGCUCUAAGUCCGUACGACGAUAAGCGUUAUGGUAUAGACGGUUCUAACGACACGUUACCAUGA